GAACUUGGGAUUUGGAAUGAAAAAAUUUGUUCCAAAAUCCAUUUUUUUGUUGGAAUUGGCGGACUUCGUAAAAUUUCAAUUUUUUAGUAACCUAAAAUGUAAAAUUUAUGAAAUGUGAUAAUAUAAGUGUUAAUUUUGGGGAGAAAAUGGAUAAUUAUUUUCGGAAAUGAUAAUCGGAAUGGAAAUAAGAAUCUCCUACAUAUUCGAAUUCCAAUAAAAUAAAUUAGAAAUCGGAACUUUGAAAUGAAUAAUAUUUUUUCAAAAUCGAAAAAAAUUGGAUCUAAAUUGAAAAUUUCAUUCCAAUUUCCCACGAAAGAAAAGUAAAAAAGGCUAAUAGGAAAUGACAUGAUGCUCAACAAUUCUUGAUGGCGCGCUUACUGCCCCGUACUUGUGUGCAAAAACCGUUUUCUCCAAAUUUCUGGUCUGGUUUCCCUCUCUUCAACCGCCGACUUUAUACAAAUCCUCAACUCACCGACCAUUUUCUCUCUCUACUACCAUUCUGCCGGAAAAAUCAAGAUCUGAGGGCCUUAAAAUCUCUUUUAAUAUUACAUGGAUUGAUUACUCAUCAGCCUUUAAUUAAACAGUUCAUUAGCCAAUGCUGUAAUGUGGGUUCCCCGGAUUUAGCUCUUUCCGCGUUCAAAACAGUCGAAACACCAAGUCUUUACUUGCAGAAUUUACUUCUCAGGACUUUAUCCGACAAUGGGUUGUUCGAAGAUGUGGUGCUUGCUUAUCGAAAAUGUCGAAAUUCUGGACUUUCGUCGGAUAACUAUACGUACCCUUUCGUGGUCAAGGCAUGUGCGGUUUUAUGCGAUGUCCGGUUCGGUAAUAUGGUGCAUUGCAGUGUUUUGAGGACUGGGUUUGGGGAGAAUCUGGUUGUGCAAACUGCGCUUCUGGAUUUUUACUCAAAAGUUGGUGAAACGGGGAAUGCACGUAAGCUGUUUGACGAAAUUCCUCAACCAGAUUCAGUUGCUUGGAAUGCGUUAAUUUCUGGAUAUUCUCUUAACGGGCUUGAUUACGAGGUUCUUAGGGUUUUUCAGGACAUGCGCUUCGUGGCUGUGAAGCCCAAUGCUAGCACGUUGGCGAGCAUAUUUCCAGUGUGCUCCCGUGCCGCAGUUAAUGACAUUGCUAUUUCUUUUCAUGGAUUGGCUUAUAAGCUUGGCUAUAGUGAGGAUGAAUCAUUAGUACCUGCUUUAAUUUCAAUGUAUGCCAACUGUGGAGAUUUAUCGGUUGCUAGAGAUAUUUUCGAUACUUCAUCAAGAAAAAAUGUUGCCAUUUGGAACGCCGUAAUAUCAGCUUACUCACGGAACAAUGAACCCGAAAAUGCCCUUUCGAUGUUUCAGAAGAUGAUAACGGAUGAAAUGAAACCGAAUAUGGUGACAUUUGUGUCUCUCCUUCCCUCUUCGGAGAAUCUUGGUAUUAGGUGUAUCGAGUCCUUCCAUACUUACGUAAUAAAAUUUGGGUUCGAGAAGGAGAUAUCUAUCAUCACAGCUCUUCUGUCAGUAUAUGCUAAACUAGGAAACGGUGUAUGGGGACAGAGUUUGGAUUCAUUCUCUCUCAUGCAGAAGGAUGGUUUCAAACCAGAUUCAAUUUCGAUUAUCAAUGUUCUUUCUUCAUGCUCUGGAUUGAAGGCCACUCUGCUUGGAAAAUCUGCACAUGCAUUUACUAUCAAGAAUGAUACCGAUUCAAAUCUCAACGUGUUAAACGCGUUUUUGGCUUUUUAUUGCCAUUGCUGUGAGUUGGUAUAUUCUUUAAGGAUAUUCGACAGAAUGGUUCUAAAAAGUGUCGUUUCGUGGAAUACGAUGAUUUCUGGAUGUGUGAAUAACGGAGAAUUAGAGAGAGCAAUGCUCGUGUUUGACCGGAUGAGGCAAAAUGUAAACAUUGAUUUGGUUACCCUGAUAAGCAUUCUUCCUUCUUGCCACGAAAAUCCGAUUCUUGGUUUGAAUAUUCAUAGCUUUGCUGUAAGAACUGGUUUAACAAGUGAUGUUUCCUUAUGUAAUGCUCUUGUUAGCAUGUAUGUCAACUGUGGAGAUCUCGAUUCAGCGAGGCUAGUGUUCGACGAUAUGCCACGGAGAACGGUGGUUUCUUGGAAUGCUAUUCUAACCGGCUGUCGUUUGCACAACUUACAGACGGAGGCCAUUGAAUUGUUCAAAGAAAUGACGAAAGAAGAAGAUCAAAAACCGAAUUACGUAACUUUGCUGAAUGUGCUGCCUUCAUGCUAUACACUUCUUCAAGGUAAAUCAAUCCAUGCUUACGCGUUUAGGAGGUGGAUCCCGCUCAAGACCCCUCUUCUCACUUCUCUCAUGAUCAUGUACGCUCGAUUCGAAAAUUUAGCAUCUUGCACGAGGCUGUUUUCUGUUGGAGACAAGACAAAUAUAUCUGUAUGGAACACUAUUAUAUCAUCACAUCUACUCUCCCAAAACGGUGCUUCGGCAUUUUCCUUUUUCAUCGAAUUAUUGAGGAACGAAAUCGACCCCGAUGAUGUCACGAUUCUCAACCUCGUGUCGGCAUGUGUCCAUCUCAAGAGCCUGCAAAUCUCGAACUCUGCUUUGUCCUAUGUUGUAAGAAAAGGGUUCGACAAAGAUGUGGCGGUCCGCAAUUCGUUGAUUGAUAUGUACGCGAAAUGUGGGAGCAUCUCCACUGCAAGGAUGCUCUUCGAGGAGUUGGGCCCACAAACGGACCCCGUUUCUUGGAGUGCGAUAAUAAACGGGUACGGAUUGCAUGGGGAUGGAAAAGAAGCCCUCGCCCUUUACUCGAGGAUGAAGCUACUGAAUCUGAGGCCCGAUAAAGUCACCUACACGAGUAUUCUAUCUGCGUGCAGCCAUGCCGGUUUGUUCGAGCAAGGCUUGAUGGUUUUCGGUGCUAUGGUGGGUGACGGUAUAUUACCCGGUGUCGAGCACUACGGUUGCAUGGUAGAUCUUCUUGGCCGAACGGGGCGUUUGGACGAGGCGUACGAAAUCGUGAAGAAUUUGCCGAGUGGAAGUUACGUAAAUGCCCUUGAGUCGGUGUUGGGUGCUUGUUUGAGCCAUGGGAAUUAUUCUCUUGGAGAAGAAAUAGGUAGGCAUCUUCUUGAUGUGAAGAAUAUUAAAGAUUGUGGGCCUUAUGUAAUUCUGCAUAAUAUUUAUGCAGCUGCUGGGAAAUGGGUGGAGGCUAAUAAUGUAAGGAUGGUAAUGCAACAGAAACAGUUCUGUAAAGAUCCUGGCUUCAGUUUUGAAGUAUAGUUUGUAAGUUAGAAUAUUUUUUUUAAUAUUAAAUAAU